AUGGUCCUCGCGCAUCAAGACGCCUGGCGCAGCCACCCCUUCAUCGCCAACUGCGCCAAGAAACCCUUCACCGGUCUCGGCUUGGCCUCUGCCAUCUUCGGCGUGUACCUCGUCGUGGACGCCGUCACGUCAGGCCCGUCGUCCCAUGGCAAAGAGCACGCGACGCACGACGCCGUCUCGAGCGGCAACGACCAGGACAAGCACUAA